CUUUCAGUCACUUCCUGUACUUGCCUGGAUUUAAACGCAUCACUGCUGGUCUUCCUGGCUCUGACGUCAAGAAACUGGAGCAGAGCACGACAAAAAAUAAAUUCAUAAAAUUCAUUAACACUAAUCCAAACGUGAACGUCUGCUAACCCUCUCGUACCAAAUUAGACGGACAUCUUGGUGUUUAGGGGACGACUGGCUGGAGAAAAAGGUUCUUUGACCGAAGACGAGAUAUCCAGAAAGCAACGCUUCAAAAGUGUUUUUGGUCCAGACAUGGCCGAGCUGCUGAGGCUGCUGCUGCGGGUGUCAGAGAAAGCUGCAAAUGUGGCUCGUGUGUGCAGGCAGGAGGCACCCCUCUUCCAGCUCCUGAUACAAGAAAAGACUGGAGAUGACAAGAACAAAAAAUUUGUGCAGGACUUCAAGACGCUGGCGGAUGUCGUCAUCCAGGAGGUGAUCCGGCAUGAUGUCGGUGCGCAGUUCCCCGAAAUGGUCGGCUUCAUUCUCGGAGAGGAAUCUAACAAGUUUGAAAAUGGACUUGGGGAAAGUGUGACAGUGACUGUCCGAGCCACAGAGGAGGAGACCGCAGCGCUUCUGGCCACAGUCCUGGACGGUGACCUAACUGCGGCAGCGCUCCUGGCACGAGCCAUCCACCAAGACCCAAAGACUGUCGACGCCAGCACGGACGGACUAACGGUGCCGCUCAGCCCUUCUGACCUCGGCAUCUGGAUUGACCCGAUCGAUGCCACCAGCCAGUACAUAGAAGGCCGUGAGGAGGUGCUGGAGGAGGGCCACUUAUCACCUUCGGGUCUGCACUGUGCUCUGGUCCUCAUCGGGGUUUACCUCCGCAGCACAGGCGAGCCCGUCAUGGGCGUCAUAAACCAGCCGUUCAACCACAGAGACCCUACAGAUGGAAGCUGGAGCGGGAAGCUCUUCUGGGGCGUGGCCUGCGGCGACAUCAACCUGUGCUCAGUGUCACAGCCCAGAACUGGACCCGAAGGACGUCGGGCGCUGUCGGUGGUGUUGAGCUCCAGUGAGAAGGAGGUGGUGAAGGAGACUCUCACCUCACUGUGCGGACCAGAAAAGCUGAUGUACGCCUCGGGAGCCGGCUACAAAAUCCUGUGCGUCAUUCAGGGGCUGGCCGACGCCUACGUCCUCUCAGAAGGAAGCACCUUUAAGUGGGACUCCUGCGCACCUCACGCGCUGCUUCGAGCCCUUGGAGGGGGCGUGGUAGACCUGACAAAGAGUUUGAAGUGCAGUUCUGAGGCGAAGGUAGAACUGACCUAUCACCAGCCUUACACUGAGGGUAAAGGUGCCGACCGCUGGGCUAACUAUGGAGGUCUGGUGGCAUAUGGGGACUGUUCCCAGCUCAACAGCAUCAUGGGGGCCCUGAGAGGAAAGCUGUAG